AUGCACGUCAGCCGCUACAGCUGGCAUGACGACCUUACCAUAUCCAGAGAACAUCUUCGAAUUCAUUGUAUACUCUACGAACAAGAUCCCAUAUCUGACAUCGCCCCUUUCGUGUAUGCUACCGAUCUCUCGACUAACGGUACUCAUAUGAAAAAGAGCAACGCAGAAUGCACCGGCUCUCAAGGUCGAGGUGUCUUAAUGGGCAAGAAUGGCACUUUCCUUCUUGAUGACGGAGACGAACUUCAACUGUCUGAGACCGUCACCCUGAUAUAUCAUUCAUUUGGUACGGUCAGGAAGAGUGUGCUUACUCAAACACAGGAGCGCGAGAGGGCCAUUCUUUCGUCUCGGUAUCUUGUCACCGGCCGCUUGCUUGGCGAAGGUGGGUAUGGCAAGGUGCUCAUCGGCAUUGACCAGAAGACUCAACGCCAGCUUGCCUGCAAGAUUAUCAAUCUCGAAAAGCUCUACAAUCGACGCACAAUGGCUCAUCUCUACAUGCCUACGAGUGAGGAGCAGACGGGCUCGAGCCAGGCAAUCAAUCAGCUGCCUGACAACGUGCACAGCUGCUUUCGCGAGUUCGACAUCUUGAAGGACCUCAGUCAUCCCAACAUCGUCCACAUACAGAAGGUGUUCUGGAGCCAGAGCACAAUCUACAUGUUCCAAGAGCUUGUGACUGGCGGCGAUCUAUUUUCAUACAUCGAAUACAAGCACGGCAGAAUUUCAAGCAUCGAAUCGGCAGUCAUCAUUCGCCAGAUUCUAAAGGGUGUACAGUACCUGCAUGACCAGGACAUUGUGCACAGAGAUCUCAAGCCUGACAACAUUCUGAUGACGUCUCUUGACAGCGGAGCUCGCGUUGUGAUCACUGACUUCGGCAAUGCGCGUUUCCUACCAAACUUAAAGACCCAGGACGACUCCAGAAGCAACAAGCUGAAACGCAUGUUUUCGCUCGUGGGGACGCUGGAAUACACUGCACCUGAGAUUCACAAAGCAAACCAUGCCAUCCCGAGCCACUAUGGCUACUCUUUGAGUGUCGAUAUGUGGUCGAUCGGAUCGAUUACGGCAGCCAUACUCACUGGCGAACAAAUCUUCGGCUGCCGACAAAAUGAUUCAUUUGAGGAGGACCCUCGACGUGUCAUUAUCAAGCUUGCUGCACAAUGCGACCUCAGUAUCCUUGACGAUGAGUUUCAUCCUUUGUGGGGUCCAAUCGCUCAGGCCCCGAAAGACUUCAUCAAGCGUCUCCUUGUGUUGGAGGAAGAAGACCGCAUGUCCGCGUCCGAAGCUCUGGACCACAUCUGGUUCACGCACCCAUACAUGGCAGCGGAGUUCGAUGCGCAGUACGAGCGAUCCACUAGAGACUGGACUCCACGUCACAAGGACGACCAGCUCAUUGAACAAAUAUCGUUCUUCUUGAACCGAGUUGUAAGCGGGUCAAGGAGCAGACCAGGUGGUGUUACGGUUUCUCGCUUCUUUGGUCCGAAACUCACGCCGACACAAAUAACAGUGCCCGACCAGUAUCAACACAUGGAAGAGCAACAACCAGACGCUCAGCUUGCAAGUCAGCUUGCACCACUGUCGUACAAUAAUGCCUACACGAACAACGAAGGGCACAAUUAUAGCCAGGCGAACAGAGACCUUGCAUUCGAUGAGCGCUAUGACGUGGCGCUUGAUUGGAAUCCUGUUAAACAACAGACGUACGUCGAAUCUAGCAUCGGGAAUCCGCCGAUACCACAUUCAAAAGGCCAGGUACGACCGAACAAGCCUGCUGCUGGACAACUACAACGGGUUAGUACAUCAACACGGGGUAAGUAUUUCGAGAGGGAGAUUGUCGACCUAGAUGAUCUAGGAGCACCAAGCGAUGAGUUCAAUGAAGCCAUGGGUACGGCUCAACUGGAUCACAAUAUCAACGCAGCUUCCCACGGGAGACUCCGCCGGGAGAAUACCGUGCAGGUGCGCACGACUCCAUCUGCUGACGAUGAAGGACUUUAUGAUGUGAAUCGGUGGUGGCAUGAUCGCUACCCACAGACGCUGUUUUACUAUGAUACGCAAGCGGAGCCUGUCACACAGGAUGAGAACUCUGUCGUGGUGCAGGAGACCCCACCUGAGGUGUUCGCAAAGCCGUCACAACCAAGAGUUAGACAUGUCGCUAUAGAUGGAUGCUCGUUUGACCGGCAUCAUGACUAUUCACUGGCUGACGAAGCUCCAUCUGCUCACGAGACAAGCAAGCGAAGGAGGGUCUACGGCCGUCAACUUUGA